GCCUCCCGCCAGAGAGCUGUUUGCUUCACCCCACGCGGCUCCCCCGGCUCGCCCAAAAGUUACAAAGUCUGAGUUUCCUUCCUGAUAAACUCCAAGGCUUUCUCACUGAUUGGCCUCGGUUUUGGAAAGGACGUGACAUCAGCAACUUUGCAGACCUGGGGCUGGAGGGCUGUUGUGGCCUCUGGCUGGCAUGCAGCCAGCGAGGUGGAUCGUGUGUGGGCGUGCUUGCCUGUCUUCCUGACCACAGGUAGCCCUCCGCUUGUCAUGUCCGGGAGUCAGAGCAGAACGCGUGCAACUUAGCUAGCCACAGAACUGCGCGUUCCCCGGAGUAGGGGGAACAUGGAAUUUAGACUUUACUGAGCAACCGGAGCGUGGACCUUGCUGGCCCAGGAAAACAGCAUGGACGAGGAGCAAGCGGGCAGCCGCAGCAGCAAGCCUCUGGGGCAAGAAGACAUUCCGGACCCUAGGCUUCUUUCAAACCCACUGAUGGGGGAUGCGGUGUCUGACUGGUCUCCUAUGCAUGAAGCUGCUGUUCACGGACGUGUGCUCUCUCUGAGGAACCUCAUCAGCCAGGGCUGGCCUGUGAACCUCAUCACCGCAGAUCGCGUGUCGCCCCUCCACGAAGCCUGCCUGGGAGGCCAUCUCCUGUGUGCAAACCUUUUAUUGAAGCAUGGAGCCCAGGUGAAUGGCAUCACCACGGACUGGCACACUCCCUUGUUUAAUGCUUGUGUCAGUGGCAGUCUGGCUUGUGUGAAUUUGCUGUUGCAACAUGGAGCCAGCCCCCAGCCCAAGAGUGAUCUGGCAUCCCCGAUCCACGAAGCUGCUAAGAGAGGUCAUGUGGAGUGCAUCGAGUCCCUCGUAGCUCAUGGGGGCAACAUUGACCACAACAUCAGUCACUUGGGAACUCCUCUCUAUUUGGCUUGUGAAAACCAGCAGCUAGCCUGUGCCAAGAAACUCCUGGAGUCAGGAGCAAAUGUGAACCAGGGCCGAGGUCUGGAGUCUCCUCUUCAUGCAGCGUCCGUGGCAUCCAGUGUGGAGCUAGUCAGAUUGCUCCUGGACUUCGGGGCAAACCCCCAGGCCAAGAACGCUGAGGGCAAGCGACCUGCAGAGCUGGCGCCUCCGGGGAGUCCAGUGAUGCAGCUCUUCUUGCAGAGAGAAGGUGCCUCUCCCUUGUCUGAACCUUAAGUCCCAACCCUAGAUGCCUAUGGACUUUAGUAGGAGGCAGGGCCGCCCUCGCUGGUGCAGUUGUGCCGCCUGCGGAUCCGCAGGUGCUUCCGCGCUGGGCAGCAUCACGGCAUCAGCACGCUCCUCUUGCCAGCGCAUCUGAAACGGUUUCUCCUUCACCUCUGAGUGCAUCAGAGCUGGGGAGAGUGAUAGCCACUGCAGUUGAAAAAUAAAGUUGAGUUGUACAA